AUGGACUCAAACUUUGCGGACGAGGACUCCCGCGCGCCUGGCGAAGCCUCGGAUGAGAUGAUUCAGCAAGAGAACGAGGCGACCGAGGCCAAGCAAGAAUCGCAGGACCAGGACACGUCAAUGGUUGAGGACACAGAUGAGACGGCUAUCAAGCAGCAGUCCGCAGAAGGCGAUGCUGCACCAGUGUCAGACAAUCCGCUCGAUGCGCCGGAAGCGCCAGCCCCGGAGGCUGCAGAAGACGGAGGUGAAGAUGAGGAAAUGGCCGAUACCAAAGACGGGACACCAGCGGUCGACCCUGCGCCCACGAUCACGAAGACCGCAGCCGAGCAGAGUGCGCGAUCGCAUCUGAUUGAUCAGAACCAUGCUAUCAUUCUGCCUUCGUACAGCGCUUGGUUUGAUAUGCACGAGAUUCACAACAUCGAGCGCAAGGCGCUGCCAGAGUUCUUCAACAAUCGCAACAGGAGCAAGACCCCAGCCGUGUACAAGGACUACCGAGACUUCAUGGUCAACACGUACAGACUGAAUCCUUCGGAGUAUCUGACUGUGACGGCGUGUCGCCGAAAUUUGGCUGGAGAUGUCUGUGCUAUCAUGAGAGUGCAUGCGUUUUUGGAGCAGUGGGGUCUUAUUAACUACCAGAUCGAUCCAGAUACGCGACCUUCCAACAUUGGUCCUCCAUUCACAGGUCAUUUCCGAAUCACAGCAGAUACGCCUCGAGGUCUCCAGCCACACCAACCUGCACCCGGAAGUACCGUUACUCCUGGUAAGCCUCACGCUGGCACCGAACGAUUAGCAUCUGCUGGCAAAGCAGACCUCAACCUUGAAGUACGAAGAAAUAUCUACGAUGACAAGGGCAAAGACGUUACCCCGGCGAAGACUGAGGGCGAGGCGAACGGCGAAGCAAAGAGUCUGGAAGAGAGCUUGAAACAAGACGGCAAGCAGUACUUCUGCUACUCUUGCGGAAAGGACUGCACCCGCGUGCGAUACCACAACUCCAAGAACCCACCUGCGAGCGCCGCAACACCAAAGCCGAACAAGGAGCAGCGAUACGAUCUGUGCCCACUGUGCUUCCAGGAAGGCCGGUUCCCAAGCUCCACCACUGCUGCAGACUACACGAAGCUCGAGAACGAACGAUACAGGAGCGUUGGAGAUAAGGAAGCAUCAUGGACCGACUCAGAGCUCCUGCUCCUGCUCGAAGGUCUCGAAAUGUUCGAUGACAACUGGGAGUCCGUCGCUGACCACGUCGGCUCGAGGACGCGAGAAGAAUGUGUGCUCAAGUUCUUGCAGCUCGAGAUUGAAGACAAGUACCUCGAAGAAGUGCCCGCAGCGAAUGGAAGCUCGACUGCGACCUCAGAUCUUGCAUACCUUUCAGGCGGUCGACUACCCUACAGCCAAUUUGACAACCCCGUCAUGUCAGUUAUGGGCUUCUUGGCUGGUCUCGCAGACCCUGCGACCACCGCCAGAGCCGCUGGCAAGAGCGUCGAGGAGAUGCGCAAGACCCUCAAGCAGCGCAUCGACAAAGAGGCUGAGCCUGGAGCGGAGAAGGAGGGCGACAAGGAGAAGGAGAAGGAGAAAGAAGGCAGCAGCGACCCUGCUGCGCAAGUCAAAGGGGAGACCGAAGACCAAGGCGACAGCAUGGAUGUUGAUGACACGACCUCGCUUGCGACCCGAGAACCGCCUACCUCGCACGAUCUCCCAACGACUGCUCUUUCACUCACCGCCGCCCGCGCCGCCGCCCUGGCUUCACAUACCGAGCGCCAGCUCACCAACCAAGUCUCAGCAGCCGUCAACCUCCAACUGCAGAAGCUCGAACUCAAGCUUCAACAAUUCAGCGAGAUGGAAUCGCUUCUCCAAGCUGAACGCCGCGAAGUCGAGCGCAUGCGACAACGUCUCUUCCUCGACCGUCUGCAAUUCCGGAAACGCGUCAGGGAGACCGAGGCCAAGCUGGCGGGCAUGAAGAUCCAGCCUCCUGCGGGCGAGAAGCUCGCCAUGGGCGCUGAAGAUGGCGGUGCGCCUGGCGAGGGUGCCGAGCCGUACCAAGAGGAUAUGGAUGGGUUCAUGAAGCAUGAGAUUUAG